UGUACAACGAAAAAAAAAAAGGCAUCACUUCAAGAACCCUCCUCUUCACCAAAACACACCCCGAAACCCGCCCGCACGGCCAGUUUCCCGUUUCGUUUUCAACAAACACGCUUUUUCUUUUGACGCCGUCAAAAAAAUAAAAGAAACCCGGCACCGCUCCUUCAAGCCAGCCGCCUUCCUAUCGAUUACCCGCCCAAGUCUGCGCAUCGCCAGACACCCGCAACACAAAACCCCCUGAACCGCCCUGAAAAACACAAAACCACCAUGUGCGGAAUCCUUGGAGUCGUGCUAGCUGACCAGAAAAAAAACGUGGCGGCAGAGCUUUUUGAAGGCGCCAUGUUUUUGCAGCACAGGGGCCAGGACGCCGCCGGCAUUGUCACAUGCGGGGCCCGCGGCCGUUUCUACCAGUGCAAGGGCAACGGCAUGGCACGUGACGUGUUCACCCAGGCGCGCAUGUUGAACUUGGUCGGCAACAUGGGCAUCACCCAUUUGCGCUACCCCACCGCCGGGCUGAGCGCCGGCAGCGAGGCGCAGCCGUUCUACGUCAACUCGCCCUACGGCAUUGCCAUGAGCCACAACGGAAACUUGGUCAACUCGGCCGACUUGCGCCGCUACUUGGACGAGGCCGUGCACCGCCACAUCAACACGGACUCGGACUCCGAGCUCUUGCUCAACAUCUUCGCCUGCGAGUUGGACAAGUUCAACAAGUCGCGUGUCAACAACAGCGAUGUGUUCAGCACGUUGGAGCAGACCAUGGAGCAGGUGCGUGGCGCCUACGCGGUGGUGGCCAUGAUUGCGGGCUACGGCUUGAUCGGCUUCCGCGACCCCAACGGCGUACGGCCCUUGUUGUUUGGCGAGCGCGUCAACGACGACGGCCUGAGCGACUACAUGCUCGCGUCCGAGUCCGUGGUCUUGAAGGCCCACGGCUUCCAAAGCUUCCGCGACUUGAGCCCGGGCGAGGCCGUCAUCAUCCGCAAGGACUCCGCCGGCGAUGCCACCCAGAAACCGGAGUUUAGGCAAGUGGUCGAGCCCAAGACAUUCGCGCCGGACAUCUUCGAGUACGUAUACUUUGCGCGUCCCGACUCGGUCUUGGAUGGCGUCUCCGUGUACCGCUCGCGUAUCGAGAUGGGCAACCGCCUCGCAGCCAAGAUCAGACGCGGCUUCCCCAACCACGACGUCUUGGGCGAGAUCGACGUUGUGAUCCCCGUGCCUGACACCUCCCGUACCUCUGCCUUGCAGUGCUCGGUGUCCUUGAAUGUGCCUUACAGAGAGGGCUUCGUCAAAAACAGAUACAUUGGCCGUACAUUCAUCAUGCCAAACCAGCAGGAGCGCCGCUCCAGCGUGAGACGGAAGUUGAACGCCAUGGAGUCGGAGUUCAAGGGCCGCAACGUGUUGCUUGUCGACGACUCCAUUGUUCGUGGUACCACAUCCAAGGAGAUUGUUGCUAUGGCCCGCGAGGCAGGUGCCAAGAAGGUGUUUAUUGCCUCGUGUGCACCUCCCAUCAGAUACAACCACAUCUACGGCAUUGAUUUGGCCGACACAAAGGCUCUUGUUGGCUACAACCGUACGGAGAAGGAGAUUGCCAACGCCAUUGGUGCCGACGAGGUCUUCUUCCAGGACUUGCAGGACUUGAUCGAUUGCUGCACGAGCGAGAAAACCCUGACCUUCGAGGUCGGUGUCUUCACUGGUAAAUAUGUCACCGGUGUCGAGGACAACUACCUCCAGGAGUUGGAACAGAUCAGGGCGCAGAACCAGAGAAUUAGGGAGUUCAGCAACCGGGGGAUGGCCGUUGAUGCGUGUAUCGACGCUUCCGACAUGGUCGAUGUCAAGGCUGAAAGUGACAUUUCCAUCUACAAUACAGGCGACUACGCCCCAUAGACUUAAUAGCACAC